CACUGUGCGACACGUCAACACGCACUUCUGUGCAGGAUGAGCUAACACUGUGUAACUCAGCAGUUAGUGACAACCAAACUUUUCAGAUUGAAUUUAGAGUCUUUACCUGCUAUUUUCUGAGAAGUGCGACUGCUGUUGUUAAUUGUAAAGUUUUAUUUCAAGUCUUGUGAGUGUUGGGACUGAGACGGACCUGGCGGCUCUGGCAUGUGUCUGAAACUGUGGACUCAUUAAAUCCCGUAGAAUUCACCUGUGGUUUAUUUUCACAUUACAGACGGAGGCUCCUUUCAGAAUGAAUGAAGAAGAGCUGGUAGAGUAUUUCAGGGAUCAGAUGAGGAAAGACCCGGACAUGGCCUCUGCUGUGGCUGCGAUCCGCACUCUGCUGGAGUUCCUCAAGAGAGACAAAGGAGAGACCCUCCUGGGCCUGAGAGAGAGUCUGACAUCAGCCACUACCUGUCUGACAGGAGUGGACUCCUCUGUGGCUGUCUCUUCAGGAGGGGAGCUCUUUUUGCGCUUCAUUAGCCUCACAUCACUGGAGCAUCAGGAUCUGUCUCGCUGUAAGAAGGUGAUGGAGGAGAGAGGAGAACUGUUUCUGGAGAAGAUUUCCAUGUCCAGAGCAAAGGUUGCGAAGCUGUGUCACACCUUCAUCAAAGACGGCGCUAAAAUCCUGACCCACUCGUAUUCCAGAGUCGUCCUCAGAGUUCUGGAAAAAGCUGCCGGCGAGAAGAAGCGCUUCUCUGUCUAUGUGACUGAAUCGCAGCCUGAUGCAGCUGGGCGGCAGAUGGCAGAAGCUCUGAGGGAACUCAAAGUUCCAGUAACAGUCGUCCUGGAUGCAGCUGUGGGGUAUGUCCUGGAGAAAGUGGAUCUAGUUAUUGUUGGUGCAGAGGGAGUUGUGGAGAGUGGAGGGAUCAUCAAUAAGAUCGGCACUUAUCAGAUGGCGCUGUGCUCCAAAGCUCACAACAAGCCCUUCUAUGUUGUGGCAGAGAGUUUCAAAUUCGUACGUCUGUAUCCACUCAACCAACAAGACGUGCCAGAUAAAUUUAAGUACAAAGCAGACACCCUGAAGACUGUAGAGAACUUUUCAGAGGAGCAUCCAGUGAUCGAUUACACCCCUCCCUCCCUCAUCACCCUCCUCUUCACCGACCUGGGAGUCCUCACUCCGUCUGCCGUCAGUGAUGAACUCAUCAAACUUUAUUUAUAACCAUCCUCCAAUAAAAGCCCUUUUCAAAAGGUA